AGACACUUUGGACGGAACACAUGAUAAUCGGUUAGUUUUUGACGUAUGAUUUACAUUUGUUUCAAGUCUUCCACUAUUGUUUUGAAAUGUAAUCUGCCUUCAGGCAUGGCAAGUACCACAUUUUUCAGAAUAGCUAGCUAACUUAGUUUGUCUAAUAAUUAACUUUAAAGCUUAUAAACCUAACCAGUUGAGCGAGGUAUCUAGCUAAUCCUGUUGAAUUAAUUUGUCAACAAACGCACCCACGGUCAUCUGCAGCACUGUGGCUAGCACAUUCACGUAGCUACUACACUGUGGAUGGUUAACUAUCUAGUAGGGGAACAAUUGUACUUUUAAUGAAUGACUGUGCGUUUAUUUAAUUACUAACGCUAGCUAGCUACCUAUUUGCAAUGUACCAGCUAGCUGAUUAAUUGUGUUUUCAUUAUUGUGUGACAACUGGAGAGCACACACCGCCGGAAGAGAUGAAGUGAUUGAUAAUCCCGCCCGUAAUCCAUUCCUGUCCUAGUGCCUUGUCUAUUCUGCGUUUAACGUUAUGACCAUAGCUCAGUCUGGACCAAACUACAAGCUAGUCUCCCUAGCCGCCUACCAAAGAGACAUUUCCUGGACGAUUUGUGAAAAUGAGCACUCAUAAAGCUGCGUUGUGCAAGGUCCAGAUGUUAAAGUUAUUUCUGACUUCGCCAAGGUGCGUGAGGAUCACACGAUUCCAUGGUGUGUGUGGACUUUCCACAUCCACACCUGCCUCCAGCCCCAAGGUGUGCAUAGUUGGAGGUGGCCCAGCUGGCUUCUACACUGCACAACACCUAGUCAAGACUCGGACAGAUGUUCAGGUGGACAUCUACGAGCGUCUACCCGUCCCCUUCGGCCUGGUCAGAUUUGGGGUGGCCCCCGACCAUCCAGAGGUCAAGAACGUCAUCAACACCUUCACCCAAACGGCCCAGCAUGCCAGGUGUAGUUUCCAUGGCAAUGUGAGAGUGGGGAAGGACGUCACUGUGGAGGAGCUUCAAGAAGCCUACCACGCUGUGGUGCUGAGCUAUGGAGCGGAGGGGAACAGGACUAUGGGUGUACCAGGGGAAGACUUGGCUGGGGUGUACUCUGCCAAAGACUUUGUCGGCUGGUACAAUGGGCUGCCUAGAAACAGAGAGCUUAGGCCGGAUCUGAGCUGUGAGACGGCUGUAAUUCUGGGGCAGGGUAACGUGGCACUGGAUGUUGCGAGGAUGCUGCUAUCUCCUGUAGAUAUUCUGAAGAAGACUGAUAUCACCCAGCAUGCACUAGAUGCCCUGGCAGAGAGCAGUGUCCGCAGGGUGCUCAUUGUGGGGCGCAGGGGACCCUUACAGGUGGCCUGCACUAUUAAGGAGCUGAGAGAGAUGGUGAACCUGCCUGGCACCAGACCAGAGAUGGAGGCGUCUGAGUUUGAGGGCAUAGCAGAAACUCUUAAAUCGCUGGUCAGGCCCAGGAAGCGUCUGACCGAGCUGCUGCUGAAGGCUGCAAUAGAGACUCCAGGGGAGGAGGAGUUAGAGAAACGGAACAGGGCAGAGCGGGCCUGGGGAUUCCGCUUCCUCCGGAGGCCCCUGGAGGUCCUCCCCUCCACUGACCUCAUCAGGGCCGCAGGGAUACGAUUGGCUGUCAACCGGCUGGAGGGCGACGGUGAGGGGGUGAGGGCAGUGGCCACCGGUGAGGUGGAAGAUGUGGAGUGCGGCCUAGUCAUCAGCAGCAUCGGCUACAAGAGCCUUCCCAUCGACCCCGCCGUCCCCUUCGACGCCCGUAAAGCCAUCAUCCCCAACACUAUGGGCCGCGUGCAGCAGACUGCAGGUCUGUACUGCAGUGGCUGGGUGAAGAGGGGUCCCACGGGGGUGAUAGCCACCACUAUGAACGACAGCUUUGACACAGCCAGGACUCUGCUACAGGACAUUGGCAAAGGAACACUGGAUGUAUCCACCGUCAAGCCUGGCUCACAGGGGGUCUCCGCCCUCCUGGAGAAAAGAGGUGUGAAGCCAGUUUCGUUCUCUGACUGGGAGAAGAUCGACAGUGAGGAGACGAGGAGGGGAGAGACCAGGGGAAAGCCCAGGGAAAAGAUGCUGGACGUGGGAGAGAUGCUGCAGGUAGCCCGGGCAUAGGGACAAGGGACCACACACACAGGUCAUAGGGACCAGAGGACUCGACAGCCAAGAAGUGAAUAAGAACCACUGACCACACACACACACAACUCUGGUCCAACCCCACUUUUUAUGCCAGCUACAGGCCACGAACUUGUCUAUGGUACUAUGCAUUAGUAUAUUUUUUUUGUUUGCUAUGAUUAACUUUGUUUUGGAUGUGUUCAGAACAAGGUUAAGGGCAUAGAGCUUGUUGGACACUAAAAAAGCUUUGUUGUAGAGCAUUUAACACAAAAUCCAGGGAGUGGCCAGCUGAGUACAAGUUUAUCAUCUGCAUGUAUGGAUGAGAGAGUGUCCUAUUGCCUGACAUAUGUUGUUGAUGUAAAUUUAGAAGAGCGUGGGGCCUAGGAUCGAGCCUUGGGGUACCCUCUUGGUGACAGACAGUGGCUAAGACAGCAGAUGUUCUGACUUUAUACACUGCACUCUUGGGGUGGCAGGUAGCCUAGUGGUUAGAGCAUUGGACUAGUAACCGAAAGGUUGCAAGAUCGAAUCCCCGAGCUGACAAGGUAAAAAUCUGUUGUUCUGCCCCUGAAAAGGCAGUUAACCUGCUGUUCUUAUUUUCUUUAUGUGGGUGUGUUGGUUAACAAUGUCACUGAAAUCAUGUCAUAGGUAUGCUUGUAAUUAUUAAGGAUUGGAAAGUUUUUCAGGAUACAAAGAAAUGGAGGCAAGCACAUGAAACCUGUUUGACUGCUUUCCACCCUACACUGGGAGAUAAAUUUACCUCAAUAGCACAAUAAUCUAAAACGAGGCCAAAUCUACACUGGAGUUGCUUACCCUGACAGUGAAUGUGGCCAAAUUAGUUUUGACUUAAAUCUACUUAAAAUAUGGCAAAACCUGAAAAUGGUUGUCUAGUAAUGAUCAACAACAAAUUUGAAGAGCUUGAAUUGUUUUAAUAAUGGGCAAAUAUUGCACAAUCCAGGUGUGUAAAAGCAUUGACUCUGGGGUGUGAAUACUUACAUAAAGGAGAUCUGUAUUCAUUUA